CGCCAGGCGCGGCCUCCGGCGCGGGCCGGGGGGGAUUGGCCGCUGCACCGGGAAGAUGGCGGAUCGGCAGGAGGCGCUGAGGGAGUUCGUGGCCGUGACCGGGACCGAGGAGGAGCGAGCCCGCUUCUUCCUGGAGUCCGCGGGCUGGGACCUGCAGAUUGCUCUAGCUAGUUUCUAUGAGGAUGGGGGUGAUGAAGACAUUGUGACGCUUCCUCAGCCAACUGCCAGCUCUGUAUCCAGAGGCACUGCACCCAGUGACCACCGGGUGACAUCAUUCAGAGACCUUGUUCAUGCUCAAGAAGAUGAUGAUGAAGAGGAAGAGGGACAACGGUUUUAUGCUGGGGGCUCGGAGAGAAGUGGGCAGCAGAUCGUUGGCCCUCCAAGGAAGAAAAGCCCCAAUGAGCUGGUGGAGGAUCUGUUCAAAGGAGCUAAGGAGCACGGAGCGGUGGCUGUCGAUCGGCCGGCUAAGAGCCCCGGCGAGAGCAGCAGAGCAAAACCCUUUGCAGGGGGAGGGUACCGCCUUGGAGCUGCUCCGGAGGAGGAGUCGGCCUAUGUGUCAGGAGAGAGGAGGCAGCAUUCUGGGCAGGAUGUACAUAUUGUACUGAAGCUGUGGAAGAGUGGAUUCAGCCUGGACAACGGGGAGCUGAGGAGCUACCAAGACCCCUCCAAUGCCCAGUUUCUGGAGUCUAUCCGCAGAGGGGAAGUCCCAGCUGAGCUCCGCAGGUUAGCACGCGGUGGACAAGUGAACUUGGAUAUGGAGGACCACCGUGACGAGGAUUUUGUGAAAUCCAAAGGUGCCUUCCGGGCUUUCACUGGAGAGGGGCAGAAACUGGGCAGCACUGCCCCCCAGGUGAUGGGCACCAGCUCUCCAGCACAGCAAGCAGAGAACGAAGCCAAAGCCAGUUCUUCUAUCACCAUUGAUGAGUCAGAGCCCACCACCAACAUACAAAUCCGGCUCGCUGACGGCGGGCGAUUGGUCCAGAAAUUUAACCACAGCCACAGCAUCCGUGACAUCCGGCUCUUCAUAGUGGAUGCCCGGCCAGCGAUGGCUGCUACCAGCUUUGUCCUCAUGACCACCUUCCCGAAUAAAGAGCUCUCUGACGAGGACCAAACCCUGAAGGAAGCCAACCUGCUCAAUGCUGUCAUCGUCCAGCGAUUAAUAUAAUGGAACCCACCUCUCUUCACGCGUCUACCUGCUGCGCGCAUGUGUCGUUCGUCCUGUAUGCGCACCUGCGCCAUGCAGCAGUGUCACAUCUACCUGUAGCUCUGGGUUCUUAGAUCUUGGUUGGACUUUUUUCUCAUUAGUUGCAUUUCCCAUGUUUUUGUGAUGAUCAGUGGACUUUAAAAUAAAUAAACAAAACAUACCUGUUUUGAAAGAGGCUGCAGCCUAUUGUGCCACAAAUUCUCCCACUGGAGUUGUCCCAGUUGCUUUAUGGAUCACGUUACUGACUGUAGAGGAGGAGGGAGGUCUGCUGAAAGGGAGCUCAAAGGAAGUAGUUUCCAUCCAUGCUGGGGAAGAACGACUCCUAUAGCAACCCAUUACUCUUCGCUCCUCCUGAGCCUUAUGCAAAAUGCUUCCUUUGUUUCAGUGUGUUCAAUAAAACCAUCCCAGCUGAUUGCCAGGCUGACACUGACAUUGCUGUACCACCAGCACUAGCCGAUAGAGCCAUGGGGAGCCACAAUUCUCUUGUACCGUAUGUGGAUUUGCAUGUAGGGGCGUAAGGUUAAUGCUUUUCUCAUCCUUUUUGAGAAGUAAAGUUCUGAUUUCCCCCUGCCCCCACUACAGGUUCUGACGUUCCUCACAGGAGAGCCCUGCAUGGGACUAGUGUAGAGCUCUGCAGAGGGACUGGGGUCCUGCAGGACCCACCACCGUUCUAGCAGGAGCGGGAUUAAAAAAUGGUCCCAUGCAGGGCUCUACCUCACAGCAUCCAGCCUGGUCUAGUUGUUUUCUCCUCCCUCCAUUAGGCAAGACUGUCUGCAGUUUUGCCUUGCUGUGUGCGGGGCUGCUUCAUGGCUUUGGGAAGUACAGCCUGCUCCUUGGUUUCCUCCCCAGGAGGGCAGGAUGCUGGAUCUGCUGUGGAAGUGAAUGGAAGUGAAAAGUGAUAAAGGUGGAUACACUCUAUCUUAAUGGAAAGUGGAGAUUUUUGGUAAGGAAUUUUACAAAUGAAUUGUUGAGCUGCUAGGAAUGGCCGGGGUGUAACUCAAGGCUGGGGGGAAGAGAUUAACCCUUUAAUUUACUUUCUCACAUUUGUUGAGGACCAGUAUAGCUGCACACUUGGAGUCCUCUACUUUGUCUGUUUCACUGUUUGCAUUUUGGGCUCAGGUCUCUUCUUUUAUUAAGAAUCCUGGGGGUGAAUUCGGUGCUCCUAGAAAUGAGGGGCUAAUGGGAUUAGCUUGAGCCAGGCGUGUAGUGCAUGCAGGUUUGCCACCUAGUGCACCUCACGUCCCAGUGCACCUUGCGUCUGACUCGGUGUUCUGGAUUUAUCCCGUGCAGAGCCGGCCAGCUGUGCUGAAUCAUUAGCUUUGUGGCACCAGCUAAUUCGAUGCUACACUGAGACCAGUAGUAUCGCUCUGAUGCAAGUGUCUGAAUUGUGACCACAUGAGUUGUUAGAGCAUGCAUCCCAUUUUCCAGGCUUAGUCCCGCGCGAGCUUAGCGCUCGAGCACUGUAACACUACCUCCCCUGAUGCUUCACAGUUUUCUGUUCCUCGGAGAGCAGAGAACAAACACUAAGCAUGCCUGCGCGGGGGAGGGGUCAGCAGGUUCCACAAGCUCAGCGUGAGAAACUUGCUUGGCUAGGUGCAUCAAGCACAACAGGCAGGGGAGUGGAUAGCAGACCUACUGGGGGUUGAAUGAAUUAGCAUUUUUCAUGAUUAAAUGGCUACACGAUGUACGUAACGGCAAAUGUUGUAAAUUGUGAAAGUGACCAUUAAAAAAUAGGAAAA